UGAGGCAAAGGAGGGAGGAUAAAGCAAGAAUAGAGACAGAAAAGAGAACAGAGGCAGAGAAAAACAGAUCAUUAUACAGCAAACGAGCAAGAGGCCGCUGAAUGAAUAACAAGGAAGGGAUUACAAAGCGCAGGACUCAGAAAAAGAGAGGAGAGAACACCGACUGAAGACUCUCUCUCUCUUUCUCUAACUCCCUCCCCCCCUCUUUCUAUCCUUCCUGUCACCCUCCCAACUCUCUCAGAGGCUCUCCCUCUCCCAGGCGAUCUCCUCAGUGAAAGAUGGCAUGAGCACACUGUCACCCAUCUUCAGCUUGUGGAGCGUUUUGUUGGCCUCAUUCUCUCUCACUUUCUCUGUUCUUCUUCCUCUCUCUUCCUUAAUCUCUGAUCCUUCCAUCUCUUUACUCCGCACGGGUUCAGUCCAGAGGUUGAAGAGUAGAGGAGGGAGGUAGACAGAGGCUGACCUCUCCACCUCCUCCCUCCUCGCACCCGCAGGGCUCAGAGUGAGAGGGGGGGGAGCCGUCUGAUGACUUUACACCAACCAACGAGCUCCUUAACCCGGGACGACCACAGCUCGAUCCUCCUCUUCUUCUCUCAGUCAGUGGAGGAGUGAUCCAGGACCAUGUUUGGAUUAAAGACUCCACACUUCUACCUCCCAGGUAUGAACCAUGAGUCCAAUAAAUCACCAUCAUUAGGAAUGAUCUCCACGGCAACUCGCACCACGGCUACUGUCAGUCCCCUCAGUCCACUAACCAAUGGGAACGCAGUUGCCCAGUCUGCAAACUCCGGAUUCGCUGCUGCCCUGCGUAAACUGGCCAAACAGGCUGAGGAUCCCAGAGGUUCUGCCAUCAGCGGUGAGUCGUCUCCAGUCUCUUCCCCGGCCACCAGCCACAGCUCGCCAGUCACCACACCUAAGCGGGGCUCAUUAGGGCCCCUACUGGCCCAGACAAGGGGCCACGGUGUCCCCAACACCCCUCCAGUGGUCACAAUUGCCCCCACGAAGACUAGCAACGGUCUGUGGAGGGCCGACGGACGACAGGUAGAGCCAAGUGUUCAGGGACUCAGUAGGGAGCGGGUGGGUACUGAGAAUACCCAACCACAACAGGAUAAAAGGACUCCACCUACCCCUUCAUCUCACCCCCUGGCUCACCCCUUUGGGCUCACCCCCAGCUCCAUAAUGCAAGACCCCAGAAUACAAAGCCUUAGUCUGCCUGGGCAGAUGCACCCCGUGGUUCCCUCGGGUGCCGUCCCAGAGGAAUACCUGAGAGCACUCCGGCCCUUCGCCACCUCAGACGACCUCCGACUGUCCUCUCUACCGCUGAGUCUCGACCCUGCUGCUGCUGCCCAUGCUGCUGCCGCUGCUGCUUACUAUCAUCCAGCCUACCUGCAUCACCCGCUGUCCUUACCCAGGAUGGAGGAGUCUCUGUGUCUCUCUGCACUGCGGUCGCAGUUCUACUCUGUGCCUGCAGGGGGCGCCUUCCCUCCUCUCCACCCCUCUGCCCUCCACUUACACCUGCCUGGAGGUCGCUACCCCGGAGAACUGAACCACACAGCGCUCGCUGAGAGGCUACAGAUGGAGAAUGAGCUCCGCCAGCGAGAGAGACAGCAAGAGCGUGAACGAGAGAAAGAAAGGGAGCGCGAGGCAGGCUUGGAACGAGAGCGGGAACGCGAGAGGGAGAGAGAGAGGGAGGAAGAGAGGGGGAGAGAGCGGGAGAGGGAGCUGGACAGACAGAAGGAGAGGCAGAGGGAGAGACAGCAGCAGAUGGUCAGAGCGGCGGAGAGCCACUACCUGGCUGAGCUGCAGGCUCGGAGGGCACCACCGGAGGACAGGGCCAGGCCAGGGGAGAGGCUGACCCCGAACAGACUGGAUAAAACCAAGGACUCAGAGCACCCAGGUUUCCCAGCACCCAAACCUUUGUCCCUGCAGCCUGGCCUUCACUCCUCCAGGGGCACUAUCCCACACCCGGUGCCCAGCCUGGUGCCUUCUCACAUGGGGAAGCAUCAUGCUGCUGCCGGGGGGAUUCAUGGAGCUCUGGCAGCUGCUAUGAUGACACAGAGGGCGAGCGAGGCAGCAUGGUUAACACGGCAGCGAGGGCAAGGACAGGAGAGGGAGGGUCAGUUGGAGAUGGGACUCAGGUCACCUGGGAAAGGAGUGGAGCAAAGAAGAGAUGGCCAUAGAACCAAUUCAGUCCAUCACAACCCAGGCAACAAAGAUGUACCUCCCUGCCUCGGCGCUCCACCUCCACUUAUUUCCCCCAAAGGUCCUCAUCAUCCCUCUGCGCCUCCAACUACACUGUGGAACCCAGCCUCCCUCGUGGACACCCCUGUAGACUCCCGCAGAAAACUCAACCCUCCUACACCACCAAGUCGGCCGCCUCCGGGGCUGACCAGAGCUGACAGACCCCCGCUGAGCUGGGGGGACAAGCUGGAAGACGGAGGUAGGAGGAAGUCAGAAGGCACAGAGAGGUACACCUCACUGAGGGGAGCAAGUUUACAAGAAGCAGGUUCCUGGACCAAGACAGAGCAGGACAGAGCCAUCCAGAGCCUCUAUCACCGGCAUCACAUCAACAGUCUCCAGCAGAGAUCCUGCGUGCCUCCUGACCUGGUGGGGCAGCGCCAGGCAACCUCUCCAUCUCCAGUUAGGGAGCGACAGAGUCAGCCACCCGAUAGCAUGCUGGUGUAUGACGAGGUUCUCCAGCAGCACCGCCGGCUGCUCAGCAAACUGGACCUGGAGGAGAAGAGGAGAAAGGAGGCCAGAGAGGGAGGUUAUUAUUAUGACCUGGAUGAGUCAUAUGAUGAAAGUGAUGAGGAGGAGGUGAAAGCCCAUUUGAGGAGAGUGACCGAACAGCCCCCGCUCAAACUGGACACAUCCUCCGAGAAAGUGGAUUUUCUGCGAGUGUGCGGUCUGACCACGUUGGCCCAUCGUGAUGAACUUCUGGCACGGAAGAGGAGAAAGAGGAGGAGGAUGAUGAGAGAGCGCAGCCUCUCUCCGCCAGCUGUGCGCGGCAAGAGAAAGGCCUCUUCACCUUCAACACCUACAACUCCCCUAACUACCCCGUACUCUGCCGAGCAGAUGGACAGCACCCCCGAACUGGAGGAGAAAAAAGACUUCCUCCUUAUGUUCAACCUUUCUCAUGUCAGCCCACAACAGAGGAGAGAUAAGGAGAGGACAGAGGAGCUGCUGAGGGCCAUUCAGAGAAAGACUGUGACGUUAGACACACUCAGAUAUAAUCCUUUACCUCCGUGUAGCAGUCCCGCUCCCUCAACUGGUGACUCCUCAUCAGCCCCUCCGCCGUGUCAAUCAAAUGGACAUCUGUACCCGGACUCUCCCAGCCCCUCCCCUCCACAUCUACACAAACCUAAGCGUCUCCUCCAUAAUGACACAUUCAAACCCUCCAUGGACAACAGUGUGGCCCACAUCCCUCCACCCUUGACACUUCAUCAUGAAAAGGCUGAACUGAAUGAGGCUCAGCCAAACAGGAAGCACCAAGGCCUCCAGAACGGCGUUGUUGCUUCUCCCCAGAAAAAGGAGCCCAGUCCAAUGCAAAAUGGACGAAAUCGGGCCCUGGAGAGGUUCACACCUGAGGCCUUUGCUCAGCACUUCCACCAAGCUGUGCUGCAGUCCACACAUACCUCGCUGCAGAACAAAGGAGUGUCAAAUUGCGCCCCUGAGGCUGGCAUGAAGGCUGACCGCUUGCUGCCUCACAGCGUCUCUCAACUGAAAAGUUCAAAUGUUAACCAUGCCUCUCAGCACUCACGCAUCAACGGCCAUCACCUCCAUUUCCCUGCAGCCAGCAGGCACACUCCAGGACCACAGGAAAAUCUGUCUGAUGAGGACGAGGAAGAGUCUGGCCAGGAGGAGGAAGAUGAGGAGGAGGAGAUGGAAGAAGCUCCAAAGAAGUGGCAGGGUAUUGAAGCUAUUUUUGAGGCCUACCAGGAGUAUGUGGAUGAAUGGAGUAUAGAGAGGCAGGUUCUUCACGGUCAGUGUAAAAGACUUGAAGCACAAAAUUACAACCUGACCAGAACUGCAGAGCAGCUCUCUGUCACUAUGGGGGAGCUGGUGACUCAGAGGCAGAAGGUGAGAGAGGAGAGGGAGAGACUGCAGGCCCAGCUCGAGCACUUCAGGAGGUGUUUGACACUACCUAACAUUCAUUGGGGCAGAGGCCAAGUCAACGGGCACACGCUGAGGUGACCUCUGACACCAACCCCUGACUGAUAUGCCUCUGACAGCGAAGGAACAGUAAAAGAGAACAAGACAGACUGGAGCCAGACCACUCUCUACACUUGAAGCACUUGAAGGAGCCAGUCCUGUUCCCCGUCUGCCCAGUCGAUUUACGCUACCUGGCUGAUUCCAGAUUCAUCUGAUUACCUGCCAUGUUUGCCAUGGUAACUGGAGACCAUGGAGACCACAUAGUUUGGGCUUUCACACUCUCUCUCACUCCGCCCAAGGAUUGUAACAACACUGUGUAGGUGAAAUGCUAACCACUCCCACUAGUCCCCGAGAUGGCUUUAAGUACUUUCCACCAUUUAGCUCAAAUCAUAUCAAUUUUUUGUAUAAACUUUAUUGAUCCUCACUAAUGACGCGUAUCACUUGACACAAAUCUGUAGCCUGUCUGGACAGCAAUGAGAAGAGACUUAAAGCGUGCCGUGGUCACUUGGUUAAUACUCAGAGAACGAAUAUUGAGUCAAGGAAUCAAAGCACACCUCAGGCCUUAAACUUGAUAGGAUGCACUUGAAAUAGAGUAGGAGGAAAUACUUGACUGUCCUCUGUGUGGUGUGAUGUUGUUGUGUCUACUGAGCACCGUAUCUGACGGAUGAAGUUGUUUGUGUGCUGGUAAAGGUUCUGCAGAGGAUAGCAAACAUCUAAAAGAUAUUAUCUAUAUAAUGGCAAAUUGUAUCAAUGAAGUUUUUGAGGUUUAAUACAUUUUUCCAUUUGGUAAAGUCACUUGCGAUAGACGAAGAAUUUUGUAUGUUUUUAUUAUUUUAACCAUUUCUUGUGGGAAGCCAUAUGUUUUGUUUGAAUUGCUGCUGGUCAGAAUAAAAAAUAUGUUUAGAAAAUGAAGGAUGCUUUAGGACAGCUGUAUUUGAAAAAUGUUAUGUGAUGUCAAAAAUGUUCGGGGUGGAGUGUACCAAGAUGCACUGGGGAUGGAUGACAAGUCUUUGUUGCACAACAUUAUCAAGUUGUCCUGACUAUAGUUCAGAUGGUUUAUCCCAGAGCCUGUCUUCAGCCCUCCACAUGCCUAUAAAUAUUGACAAAACUUGAAGAGAAUAAAAGUUGUGAUUUUUUUAAAAACACCUUUUGCAACCUUCUACACGUGUUCUUAGAUAAUUGGCAUCCUUUGAGUGAAACUACAGUACUUUUAGACAUUAUUGUCCAACCUUACAAAUGUUUUCACCUUUCUGAAGAGUUUCAUUGUGGCAUUAUUUUAAAAAACAAUGUUUUACUGAUUUUGUUAAGGAAACAAAAAAGCCAAAUUAUUAUUCAGUUCCAUGUCAGGACUGUGUCAAAACUAGUAAACGCUAUCUUUUUCUAAUUGUUUAUGAGUGACAUGGACAUCACAAUGACACUAUUCCUCUGUGGAUAACAAGAAAGAUUGAGAUUUAUUUUAGUUCAAGGCGGAUCAAACAAUGUUACAAAUGUAUCAUUUCUGUCUUUCUAUCUCUUUGACUCUGAAUAUUGAAAUCCCAGGAGCCCGUAGCAAUGUCCCAAAAUCACCUGACUGUCCUGCGUCACCUGUUCAGUCUCCUCUACAAACAUUGCAUAUUUGUUUCAAUGAGUUGUUAUGUAAUGUAUUAUUUGGGAUGUAUAAUUGUGAUGAAUUAUUUAUUAACAUAUAUUGCUGUAAAGUCUGAUGGAAAUUUACAUUAAAAUAUUUGUAAAAUGUC